AUGUUUUGGAGAUGUGUCAAAGCAAGCGUCAACUUUUACCGGCUUCAUUUUCUCGCAUUCACCGUCGUUCCUCUAGUGGGGGCUACGAUUCUUUGGGCUAGCAACGGAGAAUUUUACAUCAAAUUCAUCGACUCGCUGUAUAUUUCCGUCAGCGGCGCGACCGGGACCGGACUUGUCACGGUAGAUCUCAGCGCCUUGACAAUAUGGCAGCAGGUCGUCCUUGUCAUCCUCGAACUGAUUGGGAAUCAAGCUUUUGUGGCCUGGGUAGUUGUUCUCGUGCGGAGAUGGUACUUCCUCCGCAAUCUGCGACAUAUCGUGUCUGCCGAGAUGGAACGAGACCACACCACACAGUGCCCCCAGGAUGUCUCGCCCUCACUCCGACAUAUCCGUGAGACGUUGGCGCGAUUCAAGGAGGCGCAACAUGCGAAUGACGGCACCGCUCGGACGACUCCCUUCCCCUCUCGGGGAUCCAGCCAGAAUCGAGGCUUGAAAACUGGACUCCGCGCGGACAUGGUGCGGAGGCUGGACGUCGCACCGCAUCCUAUCGACCCUAUGGGAUCGCAGGCACGCAGAGUAUCAACUGAUCGGCUUGCCGAAGCGAGUGGUAUCGAUGUACUCAGCAGCGUGGCCAGCCGUCGGUCGCGUCGAACAUCCAUUCUCUCCGCUCCUCCGCCAGUACAUCAGGAGGAUGAGUUUGGAGGCCUUCCUAGCAUCCAGGACAUGUUGACUUCCCUCGCGCGCAAAAUCUCUCCGCGUCUAGAACGCCGCCUGAAGCGCACAUUGACGGUGCCGCGAACGGAAACACUGGUGCCUCAGGCCGCCGGAGCAGUCACCGAAGAUGCAAACGCCCCUGUCAAACGUGUUCCAUACCUCAGCUUUAGUGCUACCGUCAAACGCAACUCGUCAUUUUACGGUCUCACGACGGAGAACAUUGAGGAACUGGGCGGCGUGGAGUAUCGCGCGUUGUGUUCGCUGUCAUGGGUCAUACCAGCGUAUUAUCUAGGGUUACUUGGUGUCUCGUUCAUCGUGACGGCGCCGUACAUGUCCAUGCCGAGAUGGCAAGAGAACUACCUACCGCCUCUUCAGCACAAGGUCAUCAAUUCUGUGUGGUUCUCGGCCUUCCAGAUCGUGGGCGCCUGGGCAAAUACCGGAAUGUCCCUUGUAGACCAGAACAUGGUGCCUUUCCAGACGGCAUACCCAAUGAUCAUAUUCAUCGUGAUUUGCGUGCUCGCGGGGAAUACAUGUUUGCCUAUAUUCCUCCGUCUCUUCAUCUGGCUUCUGACGAAGCUCCCCGGCCGAUCGCGCACGAAAGAGUCAUUGCACUUCCUGCUCGACCAUCCGCGGCGGUGCACGAUCUACCUCUUCCCCUCUCGGCAGACAUGGCUCUUGCUCGGGACCGUCAUGCUUCUCAACUGCACGAAUCUGUUCUUCUAUCUGGUGCUGGAUAUCGGGAACGAUGCGACGGACUCGCUGCCGUUUGGAGUCAAGUUCGUCGAUGCGGUGUUGGAUGCCGCUGCGUGCAGGAAUGCAGGGUACCAGCCGAUCCCAAUGUCAAGCCUGAUGCCCGCCGUGCAGGUCCUAUCCGUGGUCAUGAUGUACAUCGCGAUCUACCCGAUAGCCAUGAGCGUGCGCUCCACGAACGUAUAUGAGGCGAAUUCGCUUGGGGUCUACGAAAGCGAUAACGAGGACGACGAGAUCAACGACGAUGCGCACUGGGACCGGCCGUCCGAAUCGCGCGUCGCGAUCUGGGGCCGGUACCUGAUGCGGCACGCUCGCAGACAGCUGUCGUUUGACAUGUGGUGGCUGGCCGUCUCGCUCUUCCUUCUCUGCAUCAUCGAGCGCCCCAACCUCACGGACACCAGCAAGCAGUCGUAUUUCAACAUUUUCGCGUUGCUCUUCGAACUCGUCUCUGCGUACGGCACUGUCGGCCUGUCUCUCGGGAUCCCAGGCUUCAACUACUCCCUCUCCGGGGAGAUGCAUACGCUCUCGAAGCUUAUCGUCUGCGCGGUCAUGCUCCGCGGGCGCCACCGCGGACUGCCCGUCGCGCUCGACCGCGCCGUGCUCAUGCCGAGCGAGUUCCUCGUCAUCCACGCCGGCAGCCAGCAACAAUCCGACGACGGUCAGGGAAUGAACGAGAAGGAGAGCGAGGACGGGCGCAUGGGCCACAUGCAGGUGCUGCACGACCCAGACGAGCUCGCGACGCGCAUGCGUCUGCGCACGCGGACGAUCAGCCUCAUCGUGGAGGAGCGGCGCGAGUCCCCGGGGAAGGAGGCUGGGUGGGCGCCCGACCGGGUGCCGGAGGAGAGCCGCGAUGCGAGUGUGGGGAGCGCGGGGAGCGAGCGGAAUGUGUGA